AUGAGCCAUCCAGGAUGGUUGAUGGUAUCAUUUUUAACUGAACUGCUAAGUUCAUAUGGCCGAAUGGAGCCACAGUUAUUUGCUCAUUCUAAUCAAACAAACUAUCGAAACUGUACAACAGAUUCCGUCGUCAUUUCCAAAAUGAUCACGCCUGCCUAUAACAAGCACUAUAUACCAGCACAUCCAACGCAUGUUCGGGUCGAUAUGUGGGUGCAGGAGGUGACGGCUGUGUCCGAAAUGACGCAGGAUUUUGAAAUUGAUCUGUACAUAAAUGAAUUUUGGAGAGAUCCUGCGCUUGUUUUUGGACAUAUGAUACCGAAACCGUGUAGUGAAAAUAUAACUUUUGACAGUACAAUGUUGCAAAAGCUGUGGAUUCCAAAUACGUGUUUUAUUAAUUCGAAAACAGCGAAAAUACACGAAUCUCCAUUCAGAAAUUUAUUCCUGAUGCUGUUCGAAAAUGGAACCUUGUGGACAAAUUACCGCAUGAAGUCAACGGGGCCUUGUGAUAUGAACCUGAAACGAUUUCCGUUUGAUACACAGAAGUGUUACCUGACUUUUGAAUCGUUUAAUUAUAACACUGGUGAAGUGCGUAUGUCAUGGAACGUACUUGAACCAGUCAAGUUGCUCAAACAUAUUGAAUUACCUGAUUUUACUUUAGUAAAUUACAGUGUUCGUGCGGUCCCACAGUUAUAUGCAGCUGGUUACUGGGACGAGCUUACCGUAUCGUUUGUAUUCCAACGAAGAUACGGCUGGUAUUUGAUGCAAGGAUACGUUCCGACUUACGUAACAAUUCUGAUUUCAUGGAUAUCUUUCUUCCUUGGGUCAAAGGCGAUUCCAGCACGUACAAUGCUUGGAGUUAAUUCACUGUUGGCCAUGACGUUUCAGUUUGGUAAUAUUAUAAGGAAUCUACCGAGAGUCUCGUAUAUAAAAGCUAUAGAUGUAUGGAUGUUAAGUGGUAUGCUAUUUAUAUUCAUGUCGUUGUUGGAGCUUGCUGUCGUUGGAUUCAUUUCAAGAAAUGAAGACUCAACGAAAGGUAAAGCCAGUAGAAGGCGUGAAGAAGAAAAAAAAGAAUGGAUGGAUGUACCAAGUCCUAUGCUGGGCUUAAGAAAGGUAGCUUUAUUAUUUCACAAUUUUGUUGGCUUUGGGUAG